AUAUCGUCAUCUCACUCCUCAACUACCCAAUAUAUACCCCUCAUUUAAUUCAAAACCUUCCUAGCAUUAUUCAAACUCUCUCCUCCUCCUUCUAUACGACUAAAGAUUACUUAUUUCAAUUCUCUCCCCCUACUACUGUAGAUCCCUGGAAAAUCAAAGUGAAAUUCAGUUUUUUUAUUUUGGGUCUUCCGAGAAAAAUGCUGCCCGAUAUAUCAACUUUUCUAGAGGGCACAGAGAAACUAACCGAAGAGCUGAAAGUAAAAGAAGAAUCAUCUGAGGAUGAUUUGAUUCAAGAAGAUGAACCUAAAUAUGAAGAAUUAGAUGAUGAUGAUGAAGAAGAAGAGGAUAUUGAUGAUCAUCAUGAGAUUGAACUUGUUGAUGCUAAUGAUGAAGAUUUUUCUUUUAUAUGUGGAGUACUCACAUCACCGAUAGCAGCAGAAGAAGCAUUUGAUAAUGGUCAAAUCAGGCCAUUUUUUCCAUUGUUCAACAAAGAUCUUCUCUUGUCUGAUAUUGACUUUAACAAUUUAAAAAAUCGGCUACCUUUACAGCCACCUGUCAACAAAGUUUUCGUCGAAACAGAAGAUAAUAAUCCUCCGACAACUUCCUCAUCACCCGACGAGAAUGUAGAAAUCUCAGGACCGUACUGUCAAUGGUCAAAAAAAAAGGUCGAAGCAAAUACAAAUCCAGCUGAGGGUUGUAAAAAGAGCAAUUCCACUGGGUUUUCAAAACUUUGGAGAUUCCGAGAUUUCAUUCGUCGGAGUAACAGUGACGGAAGAGAUGCGUUCGUGUUCUUGAAUAAUCCUACAACAACGUCGAAGGAAGAGGAAGAAAAGGUUUUGGAGAAGCUGAAAGAGACAAGUGUUAGUGAUGAGGUUAAAGUCAAGAAAGUAAUUACGCAGAAGAAGAAGAAAGUUGUAAAGAAGAGUGAAGCAGUGUUAGCACAUGAAGCUUAUAUGAGGAGUAAAGCAAGAGAUGAAGAACGGCGACGAUCGUAUCUUCCUUACCGGCCAGAGCUCGUCGGGUUUUUCACUAAUGUGAAUGGUGGAUUGACCAGGAAUGUACACCCAUUCUAAAGGUGGUGAAUGAGUCAAAGUUAGUUUAUUUUUUA